CUCGAGUCGACCGCAUUGCCCACAAAUCACUGCAUCACAAGUGUAGUAGGCUCGGAGAGAACAAUCAAUAAUGAUAGAUCUUCAACUACUCCAGCCGGACAAAGGGGGUAACCCAGAAUCGGUCAAAGAGUCUCAGAAGAAACGAGGAGCAAGUGUAGAGCUAGUGGACGAGGUCAUAGCCUUGAUCGCGGAGCAUAAGCAAGCACUUUACGAAUCCGAAUCAGUACGACGGGAUGUCAAUAGCUUGCAAAAGGAGAUAGGAGCCAUCAAAAAGGCUAAAGGGGACGCUUCUGAGCUUCUGGAGAAGAAGGCUGAACUGGAUAAGAAGAUAGCUGACUGGACGGUCAAAGCGGGAGAAUUGAUGAAGAAGAGAGAUGUGAGAGCUACGUUGAUUGGAAAUAUCGUGGACAAAGAUUGUCAUGUAUCUCUGACAGAGGACGACAACCCCAUCAAAGCCGUUUGGCACCCUGAACCCAAUCAUAAAGGCAACAGUAUUCCUGGUCUUCAAGCUGAAGACAAAACAAUUGAUAUCAUCUCUCAUCAUGAAGUCAUGACCCGCCUGCAAGCUUUCGACACGGAACGAGGAGCGAAGAUCUCAGGGCACAGGGGAUACUUUUUGACCAACGACGGUGUAGACCUGAAUCAAGCUUUGAUCAAUUAUGGACUGGAUUUUCUGCGGAAAAAGCAAUACAAAAAGAUCAUGGCACCAUUCAUGAUGAAAAAGGAGAUCAUGGCUCAAACUGCUCAAUUGGAAGAUUUCGAUGAGGCCCUGUAUAAGGUGUCUGGGGAUGCAGAUGACAAAUAUCUAAUUGCCACUUCUGAACAACCCAUCUCAGCCCUUCACUCUGACGAAUUCCUCGAGCCAAAGUCACUCCCUCUAUUAUAUGCCGGUUACUCCACAUGUUUCCGCAAAGAAGCUGGGUCACACGGCAAGGAUACCUGGGGUAUCUUCCGGGUUCAUCAAUUUGAGAAAGUCGAGCAGUUCGUCGUUUGUGAUCCAGAGUCUUCGUCCAAAAUGCUCGAUAUGAUGGUGGAGAACUCUCGAGAGUUCUACGAAUCCCUCGAAAUUCCCUACAGGGUGGUGGGUAUCGUUUCAGGUGCAUUGAACAAUGCCGCGUCUAUCAAGUACGAUUUGGAAGCUUGGUUCCCUUACCAAGGCGAAUACAAGGAGCUCGUAUCUUGUUCAAACUGUACCGAUUACCAGUCACGUUCCCUCAAUGUCCGAUACGGUUACAAAAAAGGUGGAGAAAAAGCAGCGUUCGUGCAUAUGCUCAAUGGAACUUUAUGUGCAACGGAGCGUGCUCUAUGCUGCCUCGUGGAAAACUAUCAGACCCCCGAGGGAAUACGUAUACCUAAAGUGUUGCAGCCGUACAUGCAAGGCAGGGACUUUUUACCCUAUACGGCGGAAUUGCCAAAGGAUUCAACUAGCAACAGAAGAAAGUGAUCUAGUGUCUUUCGGUUUCUGAUCAUGUCGAAUGUUGGAUCGAGAGGGACAUCUGUACAUAUCAUAUGCAUCAUGCACGAAGAUCUGGCCCUAUGUGGACUCG